AUGUCUGCGAACGAUUUAAUUGGUCUUUCGCUUGACGAAAUAAUUGCACGCGGUGGCCCGAAGUUUCGCACAAACCGACGUCCAGGUACUACCAGACGUGAAGGUGGCGUUCGGCGUUUUCGCGGUGGAGUUCGUCGAAUCCCUGUAGUUACCAGUCGGCUUCCAAAAGGAAAUUUCCGUUUGAAUAAUCUCAAACGUGAUGUCAACAUGUGCAUUGUAAACAUUUCAAAUCUCGGACCAAUGGUCACCACGACAGAUUUACAGGAAUUGUUUGCAGAGCAUCCUUACGAGGAUGUCGCCGUGCAAUAUGAGCCAGAUGGUAGCCCAUCUGGUACUGCUGUUGUGAUAUUUAAAAGAUUCGAAGAUGGUAUGAAAUUGAAGAGGCAAUUUACCGGAGUGAGACUAGAUGGGAAAGCAAUGGAUUUAUUCGUGUUAACGAAGAAUGAUUUCAUAAGAGGUGUCUCGCAGGGUCGAAUAACAAAAAGAGGAGCGAGAGGUAGUGUUCGAUUUGGUAGCAAUAAAUUAAAAAGGAGUGGUGGCUUUGGUCGACUGAAGAAUACAUCUCGAAAACCACAAGUGACAAGUGAAGAGCUGGAUCGAGAAUUGGAUGCGUACAUGCGCGGUUCCAAACAUCCAAAAGUUUCGGCUCCAUAA